AUCCAGGCCGGCUUAGGUGCGCAGGGAAUCGUCGUCGAGGUCGCGUCGGUCGCCGCCGACUUGGGCAUCGAGCGCGGGAGUGGAGCGAAGAUUUCCAAGCCUCGCCACUCCAGGCGCAUUGCCCAGGCGCAUCGGCGCGUGAAUCGCAUCAAUAAGCUGGCCCGAGUUGCCCCGCGUAAG